AUGGGUCAUGGGGCCACCAGAGUCACCCUGACAGGAAUCCUUGCCAGCUUCUCCGGCGCAGUGGCUCAGGUGACAGGUUGGGGCACUCUCACGGAAGGCGGCGUUAGCCCCGCCACACUCCAGAAGGUGACAGUUCCAAUUGUCAGUGACGACAACUGCCGCGCCAGUUACGGAACACUAGCAAUAAUUGAUUCCAUGAUCUGCGCUGGAGAAGCUGGCAAGGAUUCCUGUCAGGGUGACUCUGGUGGCCCCAUGACCUGCGGUGAAUUCUUCUGCGGCAUUGUCUCGUGGGGAAGAGGAUGCGCCGAAGCUGGAUAUCCUGGUGUUUACACUGAGGUAUCCUACUUUGUGGACUGGAUCCUUGCUAACGCCGCUUAAUAGCCAGAUAAUUUAAUUUUCUAAGAAAACAUUUUAAUCAAAUGACUAAAAAUCUUUAUUAGUUAGAUUAGAUUUCCUGCUCCUAAAAACUGUGUUGCUCUAAAUUUUACUCAUUGACAUGUACUUCCGAAAUAAAGACGAGUAAAUGGACAGUUGAUGGCUAUUACCCGCUUAAAUCUAACUUUCUUUGGAUUAAUGUAUUGAUUUGUGGUUUAUAAAGAUGACUAGUAAAAUUUAGCUGCAUUU